AUGGUUGUAGAUGCGAUCCAGCGGGUAAGGCUCGAGGGUGUCCGGGUCCACGAUGUCGAAGGCGACGUUGACGAUGACGAUGGAGGCGUCGGGCGAGGGGCGCUGCAGGAGCCCGACCUCGCCCCACGGUCUGGUAUUCCGCACCUCUCCCGGUGUGGUCGUCCCGAGGGGUUUGACGUACGUGUCGGUGACGAGGCCGGUGUCGGGGUCCGUCGCCGUGGACAGGUGCCUGACGGGUCCGGCGGCGGCGGCGGCGGCGGCGGGGGCGACAACGCCAAGGCCAAGAAGGAGACUGGGCUCGGGCUCGACGCCACCAUCGAGGACGACUUCGGCGCGUGGUACUCCCAGGUUGUCGUCGCCGGCGAGCUGAUCGAGUACUACGACAUCUCCGGCUGCUACAUCCUCCGGCCUUGGGCGUACUCCAUGUGGGAGCAGAUCAAGGACUUCUUUGACAAGGAGAUCAAGAAAGAGGGCGUGGAGAACUGCUACUUUCCCCUCUUCGUCUCCUCCGCCAGGCUCGAGGCGGAGAAGGACCACAUCGAGGACUUUGCCCCCGAGGUUGCGUGGGUGACCAGGUCCGGUCAGUCCGAGCUCGACGUGCCCAUCGCGGUUCGACCCACGUCCGAGACGGUGAUGUACCCGGUGUUCGCCAACUGGAUCCGCUCGCACCGCGAUCUGCCCAUGAAGCUCAACCAGUGGUGCAACGUCGUGCGCUGGGAGUUCAAGCACCCCACGCCGUUCAUCCGGUCGCGAGAGUUUUUGUGGCAGGAGGGUCACACCGCGUUCACCAACAAGGCGGAUGCGGAUAAGGAGGUUCGUCACAUCCUGGACUUGUACCGCAGGGUGUACGAGGAGCUCCUCGCGGUGCCCGUCAUCCCGGGCGUCAAGUCCGAGAAGGAGAAGUUCGCGGGUGGGCUCUACACCACCACCGUGGAGGCUUUCGUGCCCGCCACCGGACGCGGCAUCCAGGGCGCCACGUCCCACUGCCUCGGGCAGAACUUUGCCAAGAUGUUCCAGAUUGAGUACGAGAACAAGAACGGCGGACGCAGCAUGGUGUGGCAGAACUCGUGGGGCUGCACCACGCGCACCAUCGGCGUCGCCAUCAUGGUGCACGGCGACAACAAGGGACUGGUGCUGCCCCCGCGAGUGGCGCCUCUGCAGGUGGUGGUGGUCACCAUCCCCAACAGCAAGCUCUCCGCGGAGGACUCGAAGAAGCUCAACGACACGGCGAAGGCGAUGUCCGACGGCAUGAUCGACGCCGGCCUUCGCUCCAAGCUCGACGACCGCGACAACUACACCCCGGGCUGGAAGUACAACCACUGGGAGCUCAAGGGCGUCCCGCUUCGGUGCGAGUUUGGCCCGCGGGACAUGGAGGCUGGGCACUGCGUCGUGGUGAGGCGCGACACCGGCGCCAAGGAGACGGUGAAGCUCGUCGACUUGCCGGUUCGCGCUAAAGAGAUGUGCGAGGAGAUGCAGGCUGACAUGCUCAAGCGCGCGACGGAGAAGCGUAACGCGUCCGUGGUGACGUGCACGUCGUGGGACGGCUUCGUCGAGGCCCUCGACGACUGUAAAAUGAUCCUCACCCCGUGGUGCGAGACCAAGGAGAGCGAGGAGCUCGUCAAGAAGAAGUCGCAGGAGGAUAGCGACGGCGGCGCUGCGAAGACGCUCUGCAUCCCGUUCAUCCAGCCGCCCCUGGCGCCCGGGACCAAGUGCUUCAUCACGGGCGCGCCGGCCACCACCUGGGUCAUCUGGGGACGCAGCUACUAA